GCAGUACGGCGAAAUCGUGCGGGGAGAGUGCGGCAGUAGCUGCUCUGUUCGAGUACUGGAAUGGUGGUCACUGACUUGCACGACUCGCAGGGGUGUAGCGGGCCCAUUAGGUCUCCCCACCGAGUGGCGAGGAAUCAGAAAAGCUCCGAUGGAACUACGCCCAACGCCAUGGAUAAAUACCUCACCGAAUGGCUCGUUCAUAUGGGCGAUCGGCUCGAAGGCACACAGCGCCCAACAGCAAAGAUAUUGCAGCUUCUACGUGAGUCUUGGAUCGGUGGACUGCUGAGCCUCAGUCUGCUGAUGGUAUCGGUAGCAGAAACUCUCAGUCCCAGCGAGCAACCUUUUAUCAGACGCCUGUCCGUCCGAAAUGCCUUUCCGUGCUGCUCCAGUAUCUCGGCCUUUAUAAUCUUGACGAAAAGGAAGGACACUAUCCUUGCAGCUGUACGACACGCGAGGGACGCGGCCCGGGUUCUGUGCACCCCCGGCGAGACCCAGACUGCACUCACGGCUAACGUCCGCUGGAGCCGCUUUUUGCUGUGGCGGCUCUUCCCGCUGUACGGGGUGGCUGUAUACGUUAUGGUUCAAGUCGCCAUGUUCUACGACACCUCAAGUGUCAACGCGUGGUUGCGAAAAUACUCAGAGGUGGAGGCAUUUGGCUUACUGAAGACGCCGUUUGAGGUUGCGAGCCUGGCAUGCUGCAUGACCUCCUUGUACACCGUCCUGUUUGCUGAGCUUGCCAUCCACAACACCACAGCCACGCUCAUGGAACAACUUGGGCGACGUUUGGCAUACUACCGAGGCUGCGAAAACACGAGUCGCUCGGUGCGUCUGCAUGUCUCUCUCCUGGCGGCCUGCCGCCACGCCAACGCUAUGUUUGGCCUGUUUCUGCCCCUGUACCUCCUAGGGCACUUUGCGCUCUCAAUGCUGAGCACUGUGGUUGCCGUACGCAGCAGCGCCAGCGGUGAGGUCGACCUUCACGCCUUGUCCUGCCUGCCCUACCUGUUGGUGUUCUUUGUGCCCAUGUGCAUCGCAGGCCAGCGCGUGCAUGACGCCAGCUACGGCCUAAAGGACAAGGCGUAUGCGGGCCCGUGGCUGGAGGAGAACGUGCAGGCCCGCCGCAGUCGCCUUCUAGUAAUGGCGUCUUGCUCGCGCCCGGCGAACUUCACCGUUCCGGGCGUUGGAACCUUGGAUCUGCCCACCUGCCGCAAGGGCUUCCGGCUCUGGUUCCAGUUUGUUCAAGUCCUCAUCAACCUACAGUAGAAAGCGUGAAUUGAUUUGUACAACCAAUGCAGUGGUGAGCCAGAAUAACAUGCGCUGGCAAAGAGUUCUUUAUUACAUGACCCGUCCGUUAUUU